AUGGCGCGGAAGAUCCGCGAAGCCGACGGGCUUCUGCGCGUGCUACCGAAGCCCGGGGAGACUAUCCUGCCCGUGGAUGGCGAGAGCAACGUCCUCAUCACCUCUGCGCUCCCCUACUGCAACAACGUCCCCCACCUUGGAAACAUCAUCGGGAGUACGCUCAGCGCAGAUGUGUUUGCUCGCAUGGCCGCGGAGUCCGCCUCACACGACCGACCAGGCACUCGCAAUCGGAGAACACUCUACAUCUGUGGGACGGACGAGUACGGCACUGCGACGGAGACCCAGGCACUGAAGGAGAAGCUCACCCCGAGGGAGCUUUGCGACAAGUACAACGCUAUGCACGCGGAGACGUACAAGUGGUUCGAGCUGAGCUUUGAUCACUUCGGCCGCACAUCGACACCCCUACACACCGAGAUCUCCCAGGGAAUGUACCUGAACCUCGCGAAAAACAACUACCUGGAACGGCUCGAGAAGGAACAGACCUACUGCGAGGGGUGCAACAAGUUCCUCGCCGAUCGUUUCGUUGAGGGAACGUGCCCGCACUGUAACUCCGACGACGCGCGUGGAGACCAAUGCGAUGUCUGCGGGCGGACGCUUGACGCGGUUGAGCUCAUCAACCCGCGCUGCCUGAUCGACAAGACGCACAACGUCGUGGCGAAGACGACGGCGCACAUGUACGUGCGCCUGAACGAGCUCCAGGCAACGACGGAGGAGUGGAUCAAGAAGUCGUGGAAGGAGGGCAAGUGGUCGCCAAACGCGGUCAUCAACGGCGACGGGGAGCUCGUCGACGACCGUCUCCGUGGCGGACUGCGCCCGAGCCCGGUUACGCGCGACCUAACGUGGGGUGUGCCAGUCCCGCAUGUGGAGGGCAAAGAUCAUGAAGGGAUGGAGUCGAAGGUGCUCUAUGUCUGGUUCGAGGCGUGCAUUGGAUACCCUAGUAUCACCGCCAACUACACAUCGGAUUGGGAGAAGUGGUGGUUCGACCACAAGAACGUCCGCCUGUUCCAGUUCAUGGGCAAGGACAACGUCUACUUCCAUGUCAUCUACUUCCCAUCCAUCCAGCUCGGUGACGGCCGGCCUUGGACCAUGCUCCAUCAUUUGUCUACAACAGAGUAUCUGAACUACGAGGGUGGCAAGUUCUCGAAGAGUCAUCAACGGGGUGUUUUCGGGCCGGCAGCGAAAGAGACGGGCAUUCCCCCUUCGGUGUGGAGGUAUUACCUCAUCUCGACACGACCAGAGACGGCGGAUGCCAUGUUCUCAUGGGGAGACUGCAUUGCUGCGAACAACAACAUACUGCUAAACAACUUCGGCAACUUCGUCAACCGGGCAAUCAAAUUCGUCGUCGCGCAAUACGAGGGUGUCAUCCCGGACAGUGGCGACGCGCCCGGACCCUACUCGCCCAACGACGAGGUUGAUGGCCAGUUCAUCACCGAGGUGAACGCGCUCCUGAAAGAGUACACCGACGCAAUGGACGCCGUCAAGCUCCGGCUCGGUCUGCAGACGGUCAUGGCCAUCUCCGCCCGCGGCAACCUCUACCUGCAGUCCUCCGGGCUCAACAAGCAGCUGAUGACCGACAGCCCGCAGCGGUGCGCGCAGGUCGUGGCGCGCGCGCUCAACCUGAUCUACGUGCUCACCGUGCUCGUGCACCCGUUCAUGCCGUCGACGGAGGCUUCGAUGCUCGCGCAGCUCAACGCGCCGCCGCGCGGGGUCCCGCUCGCGCUCGCGAACGACCUGCUCCCUGGGCACGCGCUCGGCGCGCCCGAGCACCUGUUCAAGAAGAUCGAGGACAAGAUGGCGGAGCUGUGGCGCGACAAGUUCGGCGGGCUCAAGCCCAAGGCGGACGAGGCUCCCGCGGCGCCCGCUCCCUCGAAGCGUAAGGCGGCCGCGGAGAAGAAGGCGGCGGACAAGGCGAAGGCUGAGGCUGCAGCAGCAGCGAACGCUGGCCUGAAGUCUGCGGCGGUGCUUGCGGCGGAGGAGAAGGUCGCGGCGCAGGGUGUGGUGGUGCGGGAGUUGAAGGGCAAGCCGAAGACGGAGGAGGGGGACAAGGAGGUCGCGAAGGCUGUGGAUGAGCUGAAGCGGCUCAAGGUCGAGCUCGCGGAGGCGAUCAAGGCUCAGGCGUGA